UCGGCACACUUCUGCUUCCUGCUUGCGCGUCCGGCUGCCUGCACGCCCGCCUGCCUGCCCGCCCGCCCGCCUGCCUGCCUACCUCACUUGCUGGCUUGCUUGCUGCGUGGCUGAGAGUGAGAGAGACAUUGAGAGAGGAUCCGUCUCGGCGUGGACCUCUGGUUGCGGCACUGGGCAGCGUGCGGGGAAUGACAACAGUUCACAUGCUCGUUAACUCCAGUUGCUGAGGCAGACAACCGUGCUGUAUCUGGAAGCACAGUGCCACGCAAGGUGCCUCUUAUGUCGGGGACAGCAAACGUGCGAGCUCGGGGACCCGCUGAAACAAGAUCGCUGACAGAAAGUGCCUUGUGAGACAGCAUCCCUACUUGAAGAUCCGUGAUAGCGUUAAGGAAUUCCUGAGCCCAUCUGCAGUCGAGACAGGACGUUCAGACACUUGCUUUAGUCCUUCAGAAUCUUCUUCUUGCUCUCCAACAACAUUUUUGGACAUUUUUGUGUCACUGGCAAAAGCAACUGAAGUCAUCUGUGAGAAUGCUUCCUCUGCUUUGUCAGAUGUUUGCACUUGAUUCUUGCUGAGUGAUGAACAAUCCACUGUUUAAGUGACAAAUUGCUCGACAGCAGCCCCAUGUUCUGCUCACACACAAGACUUUGCCAGUUCAUUACCUCCACUUUCCUGUCUGCAGCGACAAAUCUUAUCCGUUGAGCUGAAACGGGUUGUUUUCAGCCGAAACUUCCAUCAGCUGUUAUCCCUGGAAUCCAGCAACAGCUCCUCAGAGGACGUGCCUCCUCCCGAAACCAAGUGGCUCUGCUCCAAACCAGCCAGCGACGCUGACAUGGCUCUGAACAUUGCUUCCAUACGUGACACAAAAUGGCUGACCCUGGAAGUGUGUCGGCAGUUUCAGAGGGGGACUUGCUCACGCAGUGAUGAAGAGUGCAAAUUUGCCCACCCACCUAAAAGCUGCCAGGUGGAAAAUGGGAGAGUGAUCGCCUGUUUUGACUCUUUGAAGGGCCGCUGCACACGGGAGAACUGCAAGUACCUACACCCGCCUGCCCACCUGAAGACCCAACUAGAGAUCAACGGGCGUAAUAACCUGAUCCAGCAGAAAACAGCAGCCGCCAUGUUGGCUCAUCAGAUGCAGUUUAUGAUUCCUGGCACCACCAUGCAACCUGUGGUCAGUGCUGCUUACAGGAAAUGUACUGUAUACCAAGAAGGAAGUUGUACGUCAUUACAGACUGUAAAUAGGUCAAAUGUCUUCCUUCUGCAGCAGACUUUUCCAGUUAGUCAAGCCCUGGGCUCCAGCGCAGGUUUGAGCUACACACCAUACUUGACCCCCAUGUCUCACAGCAUGGGCCUGGUGCCCACAGACAUCUUGCCCAGCACCCCAGUGAUCGUCCCAGGCAGUCCUCCUGUGUCGGUGUCUGCAAGCUCCUCCGCCAACCAGAAACUGCUGCGAACAGACAAACUGGAGGUUUGUCGUGAAUUCCAGCGGGGCAACUGCGCUCGUGGCGAGACCGACUGCCGCUUUGCCCACCCAAGUGACAGCCCCAUGAUCGACACCAGUGACAACACAGUCACCGUCUGCAUGGACUACAUCAAGAGUCGUUGCUCUCGCGAGAAGUGUAAAUACUUCCACCCGCCGGCACACUUGCAGGCCAAAAUCAAGGCCGCCCAACACCAGGCCAAUCAGACAGCGGUCGCUGCGCAAGCCGCCGCCACGACAGCAGCCAUGACUCAGUCGACUGCCAAAGCAAUGAAGCGACCCCUCGAGGCAACUGUAGACCUGGCGUUUCCUCACAGCGUCCUUCAGCCGCUACCAAAGAGACCGGCACUGGAGAAGAGCAACGGUGCGAGCUCGCUGUUCAACCCCAGUGUCUUGCAUUACCAGCAGGCACUGACCAGCGCUCAGCUCCAGCAGCCAGCUUUCUUUCCCACAGGGUCAGUCUUGUGCAUGACACCUGCUAGCAGUCUUGUCCCAAUGAUGUACAGUGCUACGCCUGCUACUGUCUCUGCAGCAACAACUCCUGCCACAAGUGUCCCCUACGCAGCAACAGCACCAGCCAAUCAGAUCAUCCUGAAGUAAGCAACCCCACGGGACGGGUGUGUGAAGGAGCUGCAGAUACUCUACCGUGUAAAUACUACCUUACCUCUCCCAUAGAGGUCCAGCAACCUGCAUGCUAAGAGUGUAACACGGCUUAUCCCACACACACACACACACACACACCAUAUAUAGCGUAUGUAUUUCUAGGAAAAAGUCCAAGAUAUUGCUAUUGUAUACUUGUACACGCUACACAAACACCACAGUGGUCAUUGAAACCCUUUCUUUCGUAUUUAUUUGACAUUUCUGCACCCUUUUGUUCCUCGGUUGGCAUCGAAUGGACGCUUGAUUUGCACUACAUGAUGCGUACGGUGCAUCCUACCAAGUGGAACACACACAAGUCACAGGAAGGCUGCGAGUCCACGCACACGCACACGCACACUCUCUCUACGGCCUCGAGUGCUUCUGUUUUGUGGACGUGAGCGUGCAAGAUGCCAGGAACAGAGCGGGACCUCCGAGCAUUUUGCCAAUGUGGCCACCUGGAGAAGAUAUGAGGUUGUUGUCGCCGUUUCCCAACUGGUGGAGAGUGGUACCUUCUCCGCUUGAGGACCAGCUAUCACACAGCAGACACCCGAGAAGCCGGGGUCAGUGCCAAGGGCUUAUCAGGGGGCGGGGCGGGGUUAGUCCCAGACAUACCAAGCCAUGUGUGUGUGUGUGUGUGUGUGUGUGUGUGUGUGUAUCUGUGUGUAUCUGAGGACCGUCUGCCGGCAGACAAGGACACGAGUGGCUGCUAGGUCGGUGAUGACGGGACAGAAGAAGCUUUUAAGUGCUAAACAAAAACAUUUGGUGCAUUCGGCAACGCCCAACGACUUGAACUCGGACUCGGAGGGCUGCCUGCGUCUGACCCCCUCCCGUUUCAUCCUAGAAAACCCGUAGAAGUGCCUAAACAUGCUCACCGACCGACCGCAUCCCGCACACACGCCGGCCGCCGACCCACUGACGGUAAAAAAAACCAAGAAAUUAAAAAAAAAAAACACAGCAACAACAACAAAAACGUUUUUUUUCUACCAACUGUCCAUGGACAUCACAAGUGUCUUUCUGGAAGGAGCUUUGAAUGUCUGCUGACUUUCACCACCGACCGUCAUUUCGUACCAGUAGUUUACAGGAGGAAGAGGAGCGGAAAAACACACAAUGUAUUGUAAAGCGUGUGAUCAUGUAUGGAAAGUGUCUCUUUCUUCUCAGACUUCUGCUUGGAGACGUGUGCUGUUUAUAUACUGUAUACAAGUAUAUAUAUACAGUAUAUAUACACAUGUACAGUAUAUACAUAUAUAUAUAUAUGUCUGAAACUCCCCCCACAAAUCAUUUUCUUUUAAAUAUUCCACAAAAAAAGUAUUUGUUUUUAUAUAUUUUAAAUAUUUUUUUAAAACAUAUAAAAAUAUAUAAAAUGUUCAAGAAAAAUGUAUGUAUUGUAUCUUUUAAUAUAUAUUUUCCAUUUUUCCCCCGCAAAAGACACAACAUUGUUUCUUUUUUAAAUCCCAAACGAUAUUUAACAUAUUCUUUAAAAAAAUACUUAUUCAUAGUUUUUUUAAAUAUAUAUUUUCAAUAUUUAAAAAAUAUUUAAAAUAUAUAAAAUAUUCUAGAAAUGUAUGUGUUAUUUUUAGUUGUAUUUUUUAUUUUUUCCCCCCAAAAGAGAUGUCAUUUCACGGUGCUUGAUGCUUACCAUCGACAAUCCACAAUCAGACCUGAUGGGUUUCAUUCUCUGCAUUGUGACGCGUGUGUGUGCGUGUGUGUGUGUGUGUGUGUGUGUGAUAUUUGUUGCUGGGAUGGGGGGGCGGGGGGGUAAAGUUCUAUUUUGUUGUAAUUUAUCUUGUUCCUCUUCAAGUUAACUGCUAUGUUGUAAACAACUUUUAAAACGAAUGUAAUUUAUUGUGCAUGGUUGGAGGUCAUGUGACAAGCCGCACGUGCGCCACGCUUUUUAGUUGGCUUAAAAAGUCCAUCCUUUAAUCGAAAGCGACUGGACCUCCAUGGCCUUCUCGUUGGAAAGGAAACCGUGUUGCGUUGUCGAGAGAGGAAAGAAAAUCAAUUGUGUCGUAUUAGAUGUGAUUUUAGCAAAACAAAUAAACAAAAAAAAAAGAUGUACUUUUCACUCCAGUAUGCUAGCAUUUCAUAAUAAUAUAAGUUGUUGGCGUGGCAACCAAGUGUUGCAGUUACUAAAAGUUUGGUAUUUUUGUAAGUUUUUUUUUUUUUUUUGCUAGAGCACUGUACACACGUUAGAUUGUAAACAAGAUAUUAACAUUUCUUAUUCUUUGCUAACAUGUUCACAGCCCCUAUAGCGCUGUCACACUCAAUAUCACAUAGACUCUAUGAAUAUAGAAAUAUAGAUAUAAGAACAAAAUCAUUUCUAAAUGAUUACUUAGCGUACAACAAAGGACCUUCAGGAGCCACACUGACAUGUUUUAUUCAAGGAUUGCACUUUUAAUACUGUUUUCACUUCCUGUCAUGGUUUUACGUUUGCGGAACCCUCCAGCAUCAAACAACCAAAAGGAGCGUCAUGCAUGGGGGAAACUGUUUUCUUUUCUUCCAAGUCAAUGUUUGUUGUGGGACAUGUCCGUGUUUGGUUUCCGACAAUGCCCAAGCGUCACCAUGGACUGAUGGUAAAAGAAAAGAAAAGAAAAAGACAUUUCUGAGCAGACUCGGCUUAUCCAAACACGUUGCCUUAAGUUUGGUUCCCGAGCGAGAGACGCGUCUCUUCUCCAGCCCCCUGACUUUGAUUUCAAACAUGAACUUUCUCAUCUAAAGCCAUUCGAAGUCAAUGGAGGCCAAAGGGGGCGAAGAUGAGGACAAUUCUGUGAUCCCCGGACCUCCGCGGACCUCAGAACUUGUAAUUCGAAGCUUUCGCCAGCAGAGGGCGCCAGACGGGAUAAAUGUGACGUACUGUGAUUGUGUGCCAUGAUCGUUGCUCUGCACCUCCACAACCAAACAGGACACACACACUCCCAUCUGAUAUUGUCAUCAUUUAUGACAAAUGUAUUCUUUUGAAUAUAUUUUGUGCUAUAUUAUGUUUAUAUUAGUCAAAUGUUUGUUCUUUGGUUCCAGCAAGAUAGUGUAAAAUCUAUUGAAAGAAGGAAAUAAAGAAAAGUAAAGGGUUACUUUUUUGUUGGCCAUCUCUUUAUCAGCUCACCGCCAUAGAAAAAUUACCAACCGAAAGACACGAGAUGGGCGAUACUACAAAUUUUGGUAUCGCUGUGAUACCAACUGAACGCAGGUAUUGUCGAUAGCGGUACGUUUAACUUGGACAUUUUUUCGGGAUUACCGAGUGAUUUUUUUGGUUAAUGAUACACAUCAAGUAUUUUAUCAAAUAUAUAACAGUUUGUAAAUACGGCAAUAUAGAACAAUAUCAAUUGCCAAUUCAAAUAGUACUUGUAUAGCACAUUUAUAGCAACCAGUUAUCACGUACAGGUGUUUGAGCAAAACCAAU